UUUAUUGCAGUUAUCAGUUAUGUCACCUCCCACCUCAGGUCAAAGUGCGUGCUUGUGUGUGUGUAUGUGUGUUUUCAACAAGUUCCCUUCAACAUUUCUGAUCUGUCGUCUGAAAAAAACAAGAACAAAACGUCAAGAAACUCUUUAAUUUAGACUUUACAAUCUCCAGGGUGUGUGUGUGUGUGUGUGUGUGUGUGUGUGUGUGUGUGUGUGUGUGUGUGUGUGUGUGAGAGAGAGUGUUUAGACCACACCCAGUGUUUAGUCAUAUGUAAUGUCUUCACUGUGUUGACAGAGCUUUUGGUUCCUAUGCAGCUCAAUGGGAGUGUGUUCUCGUUUCUCUACCGUUGUGAGGACCACGUUUGAGUUUGAGGACUUUUACUUUAGGAGAUUUUGUUUUGGUAAAUAACUUAUUUACAGGAACACUUACACUGAGCUUCCAAAAUAAAACUGCUUUAAUCGAAACUGGGAUUGCGCACUGUAACGUGACAGGAACACGUUAUUACCUGAAUAAUACCCAGAGCCCGACCUGUGCUAACACGCCGGACUCAACGUUCCCUCUGAGAGACUCAGGAACAACGCCUGUCCAGAGAGCUGAAGCCAAACCAAACACACCGAGAGAAACACACCUGAACGCACCUGAACACACACACACACACACACACACACACACACACACACACACACACACACACACACACACACACACACACACACACACACACACACACACACACACACACACACACACACACACACACGAGAGAGUAAAACAUUAUGCCCAGACUUGAGUUAGAUCUCCUGAAGCUCCACAGACGUUUUCUAACAUUAACACUGAACGUUGAUAAAUGUUAUUCUUCUCUGUCCCCACAGAUCACACCUGAAGCCAUUUGGAUUUUAAGCUCUUUCUGGAUUUCUUCUUCAGAGGAUAAAAGUUUGGCUACGGACAUAUUAUUUUUUUGAGACCUUUUUAAUUUUUGGAUUCCUGAGGAUCCUCCUGGAGUCGGCCCAGCUUCCUGUCUGAGGAGAGAUAUCUAUUGUGGUUUUUUUUGCGUGUUGGUGCUUUGUGAUUCUGAUGCCCCAGGAUUACCCCCGGGCUGCAGUUCCCCCCCCGGCCUGCAGGGCGGCAGCAGAGAGCAGCCGGACGCUGGACACCCGCACCGCCGGCAUGAGCGACUUCUGGCACAAGAUGGGCUGCUGCGUGGUGGCUAAACCCCCCCCGAAGAAGAGGAGGAGGAUCGAUCGCACGAUGAUCGGAGAGCCGACCAACUUCAUCCACCUCACACACAUCGGGUCAGGAGAGAUGGGAGACGCUCUGCAGCCGUCGGGGACGGUUCAGGAACAGAUGAGGUCUAAAGGCCUGAACACGAAUGGCAGGAACAGCCUGUUAUAGCCACAGGAGUGUGUGAGACCGCUCGCACCUCUCUGCUGAAGUUCCCUUGCAGGGCUCAGACCUGCGGCCCCAGCAGGAGGCGCUGACUCCCCCUCCUCUGAGGAUGAUCUCCUCCUGUGACUCCUUCACUCAACAGCAAAGUAUUAUCUACAGACAACCCCCCGGAGGCAAGGACUACAUCUCCCAGCAUGCCUUUCAAGUCCCUCUCGGUCCGCAUUGACAUCAGACCUUUCUGUUAAACAUUGCAGAGUAUAAAGUAUUUGAAAUUCAGAGAAAAAAGUUCUUCUGAUGUAUUAUAUUCAUUCUAACAAUCCAUGAUUCAUUGGACUCCAUUUCCCAGGAUGCUGUUCUGUGGCAGGAUUUAUGACACGUGACAGAAUGUCUGUAUUUAACAAAGUAAACUGUCUCCACGGUGUUAAAUUGUCUUUAUAAAAGACUACAUCUCCCAGCAUUCAUAGGGAUUCUUUCUCUGAACACUUCAUCAAUGGACUACAUCUCCCAGGACUCCCCUCUGUUAGAGGGCUAUUAUUGUUCACGAAGCCUCAGCGAUGACAUCAUUGGACUCCCAGGAUGCAUCACUGUGUAAUGGGAAAGUCCCCUGAGUGUGUGUGUGUGUGUGUGUGUGUGUGUGUGUGUGUGUGAGAGAGUGUAUGUGUGUGUGUGUGUGUGUGUUCAGUGUGUGUGUGAGAGUGAUGUCAUAUGGUUUUGAUAUCCCUCCAGUUGAAAUAUAGACCCUCCCUCUCAGGGUCUCUGUUUAUCUGAGUGUGUAUCGGGCCCCAGCGGCUCCUAGAGGCCCCUGCUGCUUGUGAUGUCCCUCCAUUGGAGUCCUUUGUUCACUUCCAGGAACAUAGUGACAUCACUGUGGAACACUGGCGCUCCAAUCACAACAGAGCCGGCCAGUUAACCAUUCAGUGCAGGCUGGGCUCUGGUUUCAGACAGAGGGUGAGCAGAGGAGCUGCAGCUGAAUGUGAGCAGGAGAGGCGUCUCUUCAGGAGACGUGUUUAAGGAGGUCUCUUCCAUCAAGAGUUUCAUUUUCUUUAUGUUUGAAAUAUUUGAAAUGAUUUCUGCUGUUUUUAUCUUCUUCUGUCUGGUCUCUGAUGUGAGACGUUGUGGGAAACACUGAGAGUUUCUGCAAUCUGGAUUCAAACCCUGUUCACUUUUAUUUAAAAUGUUACAGAUUAAACCCCCCCUAAAAGUUUAAACCCCCCACCAAAGUCUACACAGUAUUUAUUAUCUGAUGGUCUAAUAUUUCAAAGCCUCCUCCUUCAUUCACGGUGAGGGCUUUUAUUAAAGAAUUUGAACUUUAUUUUAUUUAUUAAGAUGUUUUGCUUUGAAAGAAAAAGGAUCUUCAUAGAUAUUCUAGAAAUAUAUAAAGUGUAAUAUACUUUUUUUAAACCCCAAAAAUGAGCAGAAAUAUGAGUGUGGAUAUUAGACACAAAUGUCUCAGUGUUCAUUGAUUUCAGAACAUUUGUACACUUUUUUUGAGUACUGAGAAAAAAGUUUUAAAAAAUGUAAUUAUUUUUGUUUCUGAAUUCUGAGGAUAAUAAAAAUGGCCUGUCUGUUGGAUCCCAA